AUGCUAACGUUCUGCCCUAACUGUUCUAAUAUGCUUAUGAUAUCACCCGGUGAUGACAAUAACAACCGAUUCUAUUGCUCGACUUGCCCGUAUGAGUUUAAAAUUUCUGGCUUGCUGAUGUACGAUCGUAAAAAAUUGCAUCGAAAAGAGGUUGAUGAUGUUUUAGGUGGAGAGGGCACAUGGGACAAUGUUGACCAAACAGCCGCCCAGUGUCCUAUUGACUCCUGCGGUGGAGACAAAGCCUACUUUUUCCAACUACAAAUUAGAAGUGCAGAUGAACCAAUGACUACGUUCUACAAAUGUGUCAAGUGUGGACACAGGUGGAAAGAAAAUUAG